AUGACUUGGAUACAGGAUCAACUUGACGACGAAAACGUUUUCCCGUCGCAAGUCGGUCGCUCUUUCCCUCGGAAUUACAUGGAAGUGUGUGAAGGAAUAAUGCGACGUCUUUUUCGGGUAUAUGCUCACGUCUAUGCAGCACACUCUGCACGUUUUACUGAACUGAAUGCAACUCCUCACCUGAACACUUCAUUCAAACAGUUCAUACUUUUCGCAAGACAGUUCCAACUUAUACCCAGUCGGGAAGUGGAACCCUUGCGUACGAAGAUCGAUGAGCUGAUUGGAGCGUAC